AUGGGCUGGGUACACAAUGCCUCGCCCGAGGUGGAAGCUGCAUCGCAAUACCGCCUCAUUCUUGGUGUAUGUUUGAGUCUUACCAUCUUAAUGGUUUUCACAGUUUCCCUGCGACUUUUCCUUCGAGCGCGAGCCAGUCGAUGGGCAGCAGCAGACUAUGUGAUGGUUGUUAGCAUGGCCUUUAGUGUUAUAUACAGUGCACUCUGCAUUUCUCAAAGUCGAUAUGGACUAGGACUGCCAUUAAAGCAACGACCUGCAGCAAAUUACUUGACAUAUACUAAGAUCAACUACGCAGGACGGCCGUUUUACCAGAUUGGCAUCGCAGGGUUCAAGGCUUCGCUCUGUCUCAGCUAUCUGCGACUGAUCUCUGGAACCUCAAAGCGUGUUUAUCGAAAAGUGAUCUGGAUUGUGAUCGCAGCGUCUACGUUGGGUCAUAUCGCUGGUGCUCUUAGCCUACUCUUCAAUUGCACACCGAUCCGACGAUCAUGGAACGCCCAUGUACCAGGCACAUGUCUUCCCGUUGGAGGCCUGUUCUACGGUCUCGCGAUUUACACCAUCAUCACAGACGUGACCAUUAUCGUGCUUCCCAUCCCGUUGCUCCUUGGUCUCAAUAUAAAAACUGCACAGAAGGCUGGUGUUGUGUGCCUUUUCCUCCUCGGCCUCUUCACCACGGUAUGCUCCAUCAUGCGGCUAACUCAGAUUCAACGUGUGGCAUUCGGAGACGGAAACUCGACAAUGCUGGUGUUGUGGGGAACAAUUGAGUUUAACGUGGGCAACAUUGUCACUUGCAUUCCAUAUCUGGCGCCUCUAUUGAAGGGCUUGGUGCGAGGACUCGGUUCGACCAGUGAUAAAUCGAAGAAUUAUUACUAUGACAGUCAAGGGAGAAGCUACUUGAUGGAGAAUUGGUCGAAAGAUCGGAGUUCGCACAUUCAGUCAAAUGCUUCCGCCCCUAGACAGCCAAAACGAACACCGAGCGAGGAGCUCAUUUUGGCCAGUCAGGAGCCUGAGCAUGGGGGUAUCGAGAAGACGGUAGAGUAUAGAGUGUCUUUGGAAGGCAGAUCAACCAAAUAG